GCAGCUGGGAGUGUUCACUCUCCCUACACAAGUAUGGCAACAUCUGCACAGUACAGACAGCUCAUAAAUGACUAUGGACCUCCAUCUCUAGGCUAUACACAAGGGAUGCAGGGUACCAGCAGCAGUCAAGUGCCACAGAGCAAAUAUGCAGAACUUCUAGCUGUCAUAGAAGAAUUAGGAAAAGAGAUUAGACCCACAUAUGCUGGGAGUAAAAGUGCCAUGGAGAGGCUAAAAAGAGGAAUCAUCCAUGCUAGAGGAUUAGUUCGGGAAUGCUUGGCUGAGACGGAACGAAAUGCAAGAUCUUAGCCCAUUAAUUCACUCCAAGAUUUUUCCAUCUCUUCAUGAAGAAAAAAAAAAGUUAACACUUAUUCCUUUUGACUCUUGAAACGUUCAGACAAAAACUCCUUUAUUUUGAAUGUUUGACCUUUCUUGGUUUGCCCUUGCAAAAAUGUAUAGUUAAGAAUGGCAAAAAAAACCAAGGAUUUUUCAACUUGCUGAGGGUUUGCAUUUUGUAAAGACAUAAAAACUCCCUGAAAUGUUUCUAAAACAUGGAACCUGAAGUGCAUGCAGUGGAAUGCUCUCUCUCCCAGGCUAUAUUUCAGUUCUCUUCUUAUCCAGCCACAGCCUCAUUCUGUUACUUUCCUUUGCCUAUAUUCACUUAUCCCCAAACUGUCAAUCUUUCAAAGUUUGACAUAAGCUCUGAGGAUUUUUUUUAAUCAAUGCAGAAUAGCAUGCUGUACCCAGUAGUCUGCUAAGUCACAGUUUGUCAUACAGCAUAGACCCUGCUUAGAAAUAACCUUCCCCUUCUCUUAUUUUUCCUUUAUUUUUGUUCAUUUUGCAUAACCAUUUGCAUGACCGUUAGUGCUUUGAAGUCCAUUUAAAGUGCAUGAGCUAUAUGGAAAAUAGGGAAACCUGUGAAAUAAUAACAGGGUCCUGGAAAAGCUAAUUUCUACAUUAAGGCUGGAGAUUUCAGUUUAAAGUUUGCCCAAAAAAAAAAAAAAAAAAGAAGGAAAAUUCUGGAUAAAUUACUAAAACUUAUUUGCAUCUUUGUAUGUAUUUAUUACUUGAGGUAAUAAAGUUUAUUUUCAUUAACAGUUUGUUUUAAAA